UAUAGCGACAUCGCCGUAGAACCGCCCACAAAGCUACUUGCGCUUGGCGCAUCUCACUUGCGUUUCAGACCUUUAAAAUAGGGCCCAUAAAGUAGGGUUUCAAAUGAUGUCACACACAUUCCAAGAGACCAUCUUGGAGCUUUUUCACCAUUAUAAUAAGAAUAAUAUCAACUUUUUGUACCGUUAUUCAAGAAUUUUUUGUCAACAAAUAGGCCUACCAAAAUGGCUUGAACUUAGAUGAACAGAUAAACUUUAUUUUCGAUUUUAUAUUUUAUUUAUGUAACCCUUAACCCUAACCCUAUUUUUAUACCAUAUUACAAUUAUGUUUGUCUCUGUGGAUUUUGUACUUUUAUAUCGACCAGCAUAACUUUUAGUGUGAAAAUGUAAAAGACAAUAAGCUUUUUCUAAUGCUUAUUAUUUUAUGGAACUUAAUAUCAAAUUAUUGAAACAUUAUCAGGGAAAAUAAUUUAUAUAAAUUCACCAAUAGAAACACACAUAGUAUGGAGUUAAGAGUCUUGCAACAAUAGAUUUCGAAAACUAUCUAAAGGAAGAUUACGUGCUUCAUGUUGAAUAAAGUCCCUUUUUCAUCAUAUCGAGUUUCAUCAUUCUCUCAACUCUCCCAUCAUGGGGGACCAUUCAGGUAUGUUGUGAUGAUGGGCAGUUUCCUUCUCUGAGUUUCCCAAGAGCGGGUUUAAUUACCCUCCAAGUCGAUGUAGCAACCUGUUGACCACUCACACAGCCUGUUUUGCAUACAUGUAUCCACUUGGUACUUAUGGCUGCUUUACCCAUCCCUGUGGUCUUCAUUAGAGCGAUGUAGCUACAAGUCCUUCCCUUUGGCAUGACUCUGGGGCGGUCUAGUUCACCUCCAUGUCACAGAAAUAGACACAUUAACAAAUCUUAACGUAAUAUUUGUAAAUAAGGGUUUCUAUUGUUUUAUACCUUUUUGGCCAAAAUAAAUCCCAGCCAGCCUGGAAUCUCUGUUCAUCCAGUUCAGGACUAACACAUACGCGCACACACGCACGGGCAGACGCACGCACGCACAAACGCACACACACACACGCAAAUACAGGCCUUAAGCGCCAAGGCCAUGGUUUUAACAGACCAGCUCUAAGGAACGCUAUUACCCCAGGCAUCCCAAGCCCAAUGUCUAAUGUCAUCUUUUUAAAAACAAACCUUUUUCAUUUUCAUGUAAAGGAUCUUUGGGUUUGUAAAAUGCACCAAAAUUGUGUUAUUGGAGUGAACCUGUUCGUUGGUGUCUCAUUAGGGUUUUGUCUGAACACCUCAUUAAGGCAGUGACCAUAGGUUGUAAUUAGUGGUGCUAAAUGUGACUAUCCCCCUUAAGGUGUGUUCCCUGGAGCCCGUGGGUUAUCACGGACAAUGGACACCAGGGACCGCUGAAAUGCCCAAUCACCAACACCUUACAUCAAUAACAACUUAUUUGUUUGGUGCUUUGGGAAUCAAUAACCUCUCCAGUGUCUAAAGUGUGUAGAAUGGGUAAGCGUAGUGGUUCCCAACCUUUUUUUUGGCCUGUAACGCCAACGCGGAAAGUUUUUGUGACUCACCAACAACCUCUUGUUGUUGUGCAUCUGUUUCAACACACAUAAUCCUACCCCAAUGAAACUUUGCCGGAAAUAUCAAUGCAAUAGAUUGACAAAGAUUGACAAGCAAGCUAGUUGACCGACUCGUGACGCAUCUUCGAAUGCACCAGACUUAAAGAUUCGGUAUACUUGGACUCAAGCUUCAAAUCACUACAUUUUCUAACCCUAACAGAGCUUUGGAGAUUAAAUCUGUGCAAGCCGUUGACCAUAAAUAAACAUACAGAUUUAUACAAACUGCAUCUGAAGAGACCAACAAUCUGUGUUUUUUUAUGAGAUUGGCUCACAACAGGGUAACUCACACACUGCUUGGGUCCCUAAAAAACAAAGCUGUGACAAGACUACUAGGGAGCUGCGCCUUAACGUCUAAACAUAGGCAAAACUAUGCAUGCGAGGUGCUAAUUGUUUUUUUUGUGUUUUUCACAUAUUAAAAAAAAUGGCAAAAAAUCUAUCCAGACGGAAGUCAAAGGCUCUUCAGGCAAAGUUGUGCCUCAUUAGGAGACACGUGUGAGUGCCAGGUGUCAUGACUGUAGGUCAAAGGGGUUAGGAGAUAUGUUUCUUCAAAGUUAGUGUUUUCAGACGAUUGCUAUAGUGCCACUAUUGGGCCAAUCAGUGUAAAAAGUGUUUCCGUAGCCUAAAAAAUAACAACACGAUUUAGUUUUUGGUUAUUUUUUGCAUCUUAAUAUAUCUUCUGAACUUAAAUAUAGUACUCAAUGCCAUAGUGUAGGUUACCAAAAUUAUAGCGUCAUUAAAUACAAACUCAAGUGGCUUACUUUUUGUGAAAUCGAACUGUCUUAUAAAAUGCACUUUGACAACACAACGAAGAGACACUGAUGCCAAGAAAGAAUGCUACCGCCACGUUGUGUGUGUGUGUGUGUGGAUGUAUGGUUCUCCGUCUGGGGAGCAGUUAAUGGUGAUGGGUGCAUUUGAGAAGGUUAAGGCUCGUUUAACUCCAUGGUGUGUGGAGUAUUUCAUGUUCAACAUUGCCGAUUAUAAUGCUCAUACUCAAAGUGUUUAAGAUAUGUAUGUUACAAAGUUACAAUGGGGAUAAAAAGGGGAUAUAGGGGUGUUCAAAUUCUAGCUGAAAUAGGGGGUUCACUUCCACUUUUAAGUAAAAUAAGCCCAAAGAAUUAGUUAUGGAUAUAAUUAUAUAUAUCCAUAUAAUUAUGGAUGUGAAUAUUAAAUAUUAUCAAGAGUGUGACGAUGAUGAUGACGUCAGCCCCAUCGAACAAAAAAAAGAAGGCAUUGGGCUUCUGUUAUAAAUUCAUACUGUAGUUCGACUACAUCAAGCAAAGUUACUACUGCCUCUUAGCCGGACCAACACCACAUACAAUCGGCUAAAGUCUACCAACGUUUUGAUAUUCCUUUCCUUACCAAUGCGGGUGUGAAUAAUUCUGAAACUAUGUUCCUAACUAACUAAGUCUUUUCAUAGUUGUAAUCAGUCAACUCUUUCACAGCUGUGACCUUACUAACAUCGUCCUACAAAAGAUUUGGAAGGAUUUGAACUUCACACAAAACAUGUGAGGAUUCCAGCGUUGAAACAUUUUCUUCCCCUGAAGAACUCUCAAUCCUUUGGUUGGUCAAAUGGAAAAUGGUUCACAUCCAUUUUAUUUUAACCUCACUGCAUUUGGAAACAUUGGAUACUACCGCUAUCCAGCGUUUAUCUUUUGUUUUCUUCUGUAUUCAGUUAUUGUGUUCGCUAAUGUCAUCAUCAUACUGGUUAUCUCACGAGAGAAAUCGCUGCAUCAGCCCAUGUAUAUUUUGAUUUUGUGUCUCUGCAUCAAUUCUCUAUAUGGAUCAGCUGGCUUUUUCCCCAGGUUCCUGAUAGACCUUCUAUCCGACACUCAUGCCAUUUCCCUUCCGGCUUGUUUCACUCAGAUCUUCUUUAUUUAUUCAUAUGCAACAUUUGAAUUGACCAUGAUGAGUGCCAUAGCGUAUGAUAGGUAUGUGGCUGUUUGUCACCCCUUGCAUUACCACAACAAGAUGACAGCAAACAAGGUGAUAACAAUUGUAGCCGCAGCGUAUAUCUAUCCCGUAUGCGUUCUGUCCCCAUCUGCCUGUCUGUCUUUUACAACUCCCCUGUGUGGUAAUAAUAUACCAAAGGUAUUCUGCGCAAAUUGGCUUGUUUUAAAGCUGUCCUGUGUAACAACUUUUAUCAAUAACGUGGUUGGACUUUUUCUUUCAGGUACUAUAUUUGCACCAUUACUUUUUGUUGCAUAUACCUACGUGCGCAUUCUUCUUAUUUGUAGAAAAGGCACCUCAGAGUCUAGGCUCAAAGUCUUACAGAGCUGCUUGCCACAUAUAGUUACUUUUGCUAAUUUUGCUGUCUCAAUGUUUUGUGAUGUUGUCCUGAGUCGGUUUAAUAUAGAAGAAUUUAGUCCAUUUGCAGCAAUAGUUAUAUCACUUGAGUUUGUUGUGAUUCCCCCAAUUGUGAACCCUCUUAUGUAUGGGAUUAAGCUACAAGAGAUAAAAAAAAAUAUUCUUAAAUGUUAUUUUAAAAAAUAAUACUGUACAUAGCCUUUAAUAAUUACUAGUGGGAUACGAUACUCCAACAACCUAUUGGUAUCAGAGUCUUACUGAUGACAAAACCCUUAUCCAAAUAUGUCAAAAUAUUGCUUCAUAUUAUUUGUAUGUAGCCUGGCCCUACCAGACCAUCGUACUUCAUUUAAUUUGUAAAGAAGUGAAAUGAAAAUUGAGUGGAAGUAGGUAGGUGGGCGGUGCCAGGCUAAUUUGUAUGUAUGCAUGUUAGACCAUUUUUAAAACCAGUUGUAACAAAAUCUUCUCAACCUGUAUUAUAAAUAACCAAAAAUAUAUAGUAUUGCGGCUCUUGCCUUAUUCUUUCAUGAAAAAACAGCUGUUGAAACUUAAUAUUUGGGUAUAAGAAUAAGAAUGAAAUGCCAUUUUGGAUGUGUGUGUUCAUGAAAUUUAAAUAGUGAUGCAAUAAAACAAAGUAAAAGAGCUAAACAACUUAUAUAUAAUAUAACAGGAUGCAUGGCAAGGGGCAAAGCGAUCAAUUUGAUUGGAUAGAUCAACUGGUGUAG